UUGUGCCUCUUAACAGACACAAAAUGCAAUUAAAAAUUCUGUGCAACAUGAACAGGGCCCUUACGUGACAACAAGAUGUGUUUUCAACUCAGACAUUAUCAACCGUUUAAAUUUGUACUGUUUGUACUGUCAUCCUUCUCAAAAUGUUAGCUGCAAAUGCGGCGAUCUACUGUGGAAUAGAAAUGGUUUGCGUUUGUGCCUUUCCGAAUUGUGGCGAAAGAAUGAGAAAAUACAAUUACCUAAACGUUUAUCGUCUACCUUUCCAUAAACAUGAGAUACUGCAGUUGUGGCUAGUUGCACAGAAAUUUUGCAUUUUAUGUCUGUUAAGAGGCACAAAGGCACUCUUUAGAAUAUGCCCCCACAACUGGCAUUUUAGCUAACUGGGAGCUCUGGCCAUAAGCUGCAGCAACUCCAGUUUGCUAGCACAUUUUUUUUCCUAUGGACAGUACUCUGUGACAUCUAGCGAUCAAGAUUCAGGUAAAAAUCGGCCGGAAUUCUCCUUUUUAUUGAAAAGUUUCCCAAGUAUUUUAUUGUUAUUUGUGAUUUGUUACUUUUGACGAUCUCUUCAGCUCUCCAUUGCCCUAUUCUGUAUUUAAUUAAUGGUUUGAUCAGGGUAUUCAGGGUUGAAAUGGAAUAAACAGAGCUUAAAACAAUAUGAUCUACAAGCGAGAAUGCCCUAAAAAAAGAAAAGAAAAAAAAAGAAGCCCUCUUGUUUGUGACAAACAUUUAGGUCUUACUCAACAAGGUCCAGCCAUCUGUGUUUUACAAUCAUUUUUGGUAAGUUUGUAUUAUAGAAGAAUGUUGUGGUAUGAAAGAUAAUGUUUCUCAAAUAUUUAGAUUUUUAAUAUGUGGAAUUAGUUUAAAUUUGACCCUUUUUAUUACAGAUCUCCAUUGUGUGAAACACUUGCACACUUAUGAGAAAUUAUGUAAUUAUAUGUAAACCAAUGCUGAUAAUUGACCAUCUUCAAGAAGAUGGUAUGUUGGUUACUGUGUUGUCUUUAUUGGUUGCUCUGUAUCCAGGUUGCUUUUCCAAUGAUGUGAACUUUUAUCACUCAUAGAAACACAAAUAUAUAUACUGUAUAUGAAAUGUUAAACCAGAGAAAGAAAUGUUUGGUUUUUGUAUUAAAUUGUUGAAAGUGAAGAUGUUGGACAGUGUUUUGAAUUGAACACGCUUCUUUUCAGCUGUGGUAGGUCAUAGCAGUGUUAGUCAACGCGCGGCAUCAUUUAAUCCUUAAUCACAAAGUUGUAUAUAUUUCCAGUCCUGUUCAUUAUGGCUGUUUGAGCAGUGCACUCUACUGAUCACACUCAUGCAAGAGUCAUGGCUGUUUUCAGUUACAUCCAUGCAUGUAUUCACUUCCUUGAAUCAGUUUUAUGUUCUUAAUUGGUGAAGAAACCAAAGCCAUCUUGCUUUGAUUGGACUGUAUCUGUUUUCUUUCCCUAUUCUGUAUAUCUGUGUAUCUCCUGGGAUCAGUUUCCGCCUUCGUCCUUCCUCUUUCACAGCCUGGGGGUGCAAACGGAUGGCAUUAAUGCUAGUACUGGUCGAAGAUAGGUUUACUGUGUCAACUGGGUCCUGUUAAAGUUGCACUUGACUGACGUCUUGUGUUGUAAAUGUUGUUUUGCCGGUAUCAUCUCACCACAUACUGAUUCUUCGCACAGUUGUUUUCUCAGAUCCACUGUUAUUUGCAUAGAGUCACUUUACUCCUAAUGUGUGUGUGUGUGUGUGUGUCUAUAGUGGCAUCAGAAUACAAGCAAUCUGCAUUUUUUUUUGGUUAGGAUCAGUUUCCAAACCCUCUCAAGUGGAUUGCCACUAAGGCGUCCUAUUCGCGUCCUAUUCUCUUUCCUCAACCUUUUCGUUUUCCUUUCUGCAUCUUGACUUCUCUAUACUCUGAUAUUCCACCAAUUUUAGAUUAUAAAUAACAAAAACCUUGUGUGGGGGCAUUUGUAGGAUGCACUGAUUGCUUCAGUAUAGCAUCUUAAUCUGCACGACACAUUUUUUUUAUAUAACGCUUUAAAAACCUGUGUUUUGACUCUGCCACGUUUCUGUAGUGUUGUCAUGUGUCCAUACCUUGUACUGACCAGGGAUCCAGUGACUCCAGUUAAGGUGUCAUCUCCUGUAAAGGUCUUCUCUCCUGUAGAGACCAGAGAGAUGCCUGGGUGUUUUAAUCUCAGGAACGGCCUGAUCGUUACCAAACUCCUUAUUAACUAUUCAUGGAGGACACAGGUGCCAAAUGGGGCUGUGUGUGUCCACCAGGCUAUCUUGUCUUUGGGAGAACAGUAGGUGUCAAUGUUGGGAGAAGGAAAAAAAGACCAAGACGUAGAGGAAUGGAUUGUUGAACAGAAGAAGAGUUGGUGUCAAUGGAUUUUAUGUGAGCAUCAACAGAAGAGCUGGUAGAGCCCAUUCAGAUAAAGAUAUACUGGAUUUUUGAAUAAUUAAAGCACUGUGGAACUGCUUUGAUAGUAUUAACUACCAAGAGGGAAGUAAACAGAUGAGACGCUGACUGAGGAAUAGCUGGACUUUAAUUUGUUUUGGUAGAUUUGUCAACAUGGACCCUCCAGUCCUCCCCGUGUCCAGGUUGGAUGUGGAUGUGGACCUUGGUUUUGCCUUCUUCUUCUUCUUCCUGCUCUGCUUCUUCUUGUUGGUGACCAUAGUCCGCUGCGCUCAGAUGGUGCUGGACCCUUACAGUAAUAUCUCUGUCACGACAUACCAGGAUGAGCAAGAAGAGUGAUGGACCUACACAUUUUACAGUAAAGCCAUGACGCCAUCUAUUCAAACUAAAAUGGGAUAACAAAAAUGAAUACUCAAAAGCCAAAGAAUAUUUUGAGGCACCUUUUAUGACCGAGUCAGUUCGGUGGAGUUUUGUCUGACACUUUUUCAACUUUUAUAUAGUUUCUACCUA